AUGGAUACUCGACUGACUCCAAAAUCCUUUCACUCCAAUAAAUGUGACUUCUGUUAUCAGGCCGGAGUUCCCGUUAAAUCACUUUCUUGCAGAAACCAUUUUUACUGCGGUGUCUGUGAGAGGUUUGCUCCUAAGUUUUAUAAGAAGAACGACUACAGUUGCAACCGAUGUCUCGUUCACCCCUCGAGAUUUACCCCCACCAAAGUUUGCAUGCAGUCUACCACGAAGAAAAAGCCUGUUUUUGAAGAAGUUACGUGUACUAUUGUCAUAGACAGUGGAAAUGUUCUUACGUUUGAUGAUAAUGACACAGAUUCAGAAAACGAUUUAGAAGGAAACAAUGUUGAAUGGGAUCAUCUAUUGGAGUCUAUGACGUCAUCACAACCAAAUCAAAAAGUGGACAAGUCAACCAAGGGUCUACAAGAAAAACCCCUCAGACUAGAUUUGUCAGCAAUCAAUAAGUCUGAUGGUCAAGAGUCGCCAACCAUUGGUAGAUCUAGGAAAUCACGUGAUGAAAAAAUCCAAGAAUGCACAAGUCCUAAUUUUGUUGGGGGAGAAUAUAACUUAGGGCAAGGUUCCUCAGAAACGGAAGCAGAACAGGAGAGGGGGUCCUCACCUGUGAAAGGAAUAAAGAAGAAAUCAAUGUUCCCAACGAAGUCAUCUGAUGAGAGCGACUUGGAGCUGCUCGAUGGUGUGGAGGGACCAGACUUGGAGCCGCUCGAUGUUGUGGUUGGACCGGACUUGGAGCCGCUCGAUGUUGUGGUUGGACCGGACUUGGAGCUGCUCGAUGGUGUGGAGGGACCAGACUUGGAGCCGCUCGAUGUUGUGGUUGGACCGGACUUGGAGCCGCUCGAUGUUGUGGUUGGACCGGACUUGGAGCCGCUCGAUGUUGUGGUUGGACCGGACUUGGAGCCGCUCGAUGUUGUGGUUGGACCGGACUUGAAGCCGCUCGAUGUUGUGGAGGGACCGGACUUGGAGCCGCUCGGUGAUAUGGAAGGACGGGAUUUUGAGCCCCUCGGUGACGUGGAGGGACCGGAUUUUGAGCCCCUUGGUGACGUGGAGGGACCGGAACUAAGUGAUGGUCGGGACUCUUCUGACGAUUUGGCGGGCGUUUUUUGGGCAUUAUAAACAGAGAGAAGCCAUUCUUGACAUAGAAUGCUAUGUGGGUUCAGGAAUUGUAGGAUAAAAUAGAGGACAGUAAAAUGUUAGAAAAUAUAAUGUUAUAAUAAAAUAUUUGAUAUUAA